UGUUGUUGUUGUUGUUGUUGUUGUUGUUGUUGUUGUUUGGACCGCGCCUGGCUGUUCUCAGGACUUACUCCUGACAGUAUGUGAUGCCUAGAAUCAAACCUGGCUUGGCCAGGUGCAAGGCAAGCACUUUAUCCUCUGUACUAUCUCUCCAGCCCAUGUUCCUUUUUCUUACCAUUUAGGCAAGCUUCUGAUUUGUUCUCAUAGUACUUAACCAUCCUAAAGUGAAAUAUUGUGCCUACUUAUUGGGCCCAUGCUAAGCUAUAGGUUUGGGGGAAACAAGGAUAUAGUGUUCAUGCUUGAUAUAAAUAGUUGGUGCUGACUAAUAUUGGUUGAAUAGAUUAAUUAAUAACAAGGUUUUAUUAACAUUUGAGUGCAAGAGACUAGUGAGCCACAAACUUUGCGUGUCUUUGUCCUUCCCCAGGCCCACGCUCUGUCCUUGCUUCAUUCAUGGACCUAAGAAAUACUUGAUUUCAUGAUACUUUAAUUACUCUUGAUUUUGAGAAAAAGGUAAUGUGACUAACCCAUGUAAAGAGAGUUUAGUGGUAAGGUCUCACGCAGAGACUAAAAAGGCUCACCUCAUGGAAAAUAUAAGAAUAAAGGUUGUCUAAUGCAAAUUGACUCCAGGGCCAGGAAUUUUGGGAUCUUUGCUUCACAGUGUGACCCGACCAUUUCUCCCCCCAACUGUGUCCAAUAUUACUGGAUUUUUUUGUGGUGGAAAUAGAUGAGAUGUGGGGUGGGGUGGGGGAGAAGAGCAUGAAUAGCCACACCCAGUGGUUCUUUGGGGGUUAUUCUUGGUCUCUCCUGAUGGGAUUCAGGGUGCUAGAGAUGGAAUUUAGACCUCCCACAUGCAAAGUACGUGCGCCAAUUCUGAGCCAUCUCCCCAGCCUCACGGUCCCAUGUUCUGUUCUUUACAUCUUCUCACCCACCACAUGCUCAUGGAUUCUGCUUCCUGAUAGCUUUGCUUCCCCCUCUUAGCUCACAUUCCCAAGGAAAGGGGUUAUAUUUCCAAAUAAGGCUGCAUGUCAGCCAACUGGUCAAACUGUGCAUUGCCUGCCUGAAUACUAAUUAUGAUUCAGGAGCUAAGUGAAGAAUUAUGUACAAAGAAUCAACGCCACCACGUGGCUUUUUUUUUUUCCUGGUGUUUCCUUGACACAUGUCAUCUACAUCAUAAUUUACAUAAUUUCUGACACCUUUUGUCUAGUCAUCAUACAGGAUAAUAACGAAUGUAGACUUUUAAGUACAGUAUGAGCUGUAACAGGUCCUUGACUCCCAGGAAGUUCUUGACUUCUGGGGUCAUGACAAAGCAAGCAACAUGCUGUGCUCUGCGUAGCAACCUCCUUGGCCAUUUGCUCAGAUUCUGGAAUGAAGUGGCCUUGCUUUCUUAUAAAGUGCCGAGAAUGAGGACUAGGCCUGCCUGUCCUUAUCUCCAAGGAGAAUACCCAGGAGGGGAUGGCUGCGAGCUCUCCAGCUGCCCGACAUCAGGAAGCAUUGACAUUUGAGGAUGUGGCUGUGAGUUUCACAGAUGAAGAGUGGCGGCAUAUGCUCCCCAUUGAGAGGGGUCUGUACAAGGAGGUGAUGCUGGAGAAUUAUAAGAGUUUUGUCUCAUUGGGACUUCCAGUUCCUCAACCUGAUAUGAUUUUUCAUUUGAAAAUCUGUGAUGAGCCUUGGGCGGUUGAUCUUCAUGGAUCAGCAGAAGAAGAAUGCCCAGCCGAUUUCUCUCUAGACCUGGAGGCGAAGCCUGGCAUUCGAGGCGCGCCAGAAGCAGCCAAACUGGGCGGAGCGUUGAGGACCUGGCUUGGAAAGAGCCGUCCUCUGGGGUCCAGAUGCGCAGUUCCUGCUCCCGAGAGCGCGGUGGGCACUGAGAAGCAAAGGCCUGCAGCGCCGACGCCUUCUCCUCUGCCUCCUCCUCGCAGGACUCCCCUUUCCCAGGACGGGGGUCGGCGGCCCGGGUCGGGGCCGACCCCGCCCAAGAAAACGCUCCCUAAAGAGCGCGCGCAGGAGUGCCCCGACUGCGGGAAGCGCUUCCGCGACCCCUCGUCGCUGCUGCGCCACCGGCGCACCCACAGCGGCGUGAAGCCCUACGAGUGCCGGGAGUGCGGCAAGGCCUUCAGCCACCGCAGCAGCCUGAGCCGGCACCUGGUGUCGCACACGGGCGCCAGCCCCUACGAGUGCGGCGCGUGCGGCAAGGCCUUCUUCGACCGCUCGUCGCUCACGGUCCACCAGCGCAUCCACACGGGCGAGAAGCCCUUCCAGUGCGGCGAGUGCGGCAAGGCCUUCUUCGACCGCUCGUCGCUCACGCGCCACGGGCGCAUCCACACGGGCGAGAGCCCGUACGGCUGCGGCCAGUGCGGCAAGGCCUUCAGCCAGAAGAGCAUCCUCACGCGCCACCAGCUGGUGCACACGGGCCGCAAGCCCUUCGCCUGCGGCCAGUGCGGCAAGGCCUUCUACGGCGUCUCGUCGCUCAACCGGCACCAGCGGGCGCACGCGGGCGAGCCGCGCCACCGCUGCGCCGAGUGCGGCAAGGCCUUCUUCGACCGCUCCUACCUGACGCAGCACCAGAAGAUCCACACCGGGGACAAGCCCUACGCGUGCGGCGAGUGCGGGAAGGCCUUCAGCCAGCGCUGCCGCCUGACGCGCCACCAGCGGGUGCACACCGGCGAGAAGCCCUUCGAGUGCAGCGUCUGCGGCAAGGUCUUCAGCUCCAAGUCGUCCGUCAUCCAGCACCAGCGGCGCUAUGCCAAGCAGGGGAUAGACUGAGGCCGGUGGGAAGUCCGAGUCGACGAUUUUGACCUCCGUUAAAAUAAAAUAAUUAAUUUAAAAAAUUAAAAAUUUGAGGUUUUCCCCCCAGAGUCUCAAAUCCACCGUGUGAUGAUUCCACCUGUCCUGGCUGUGAUGCUCCUCCCCGCAACUGAGUCUGCCUGCUGUGUUUCUGAGCCCGUGGAUGCCGGAGGCUGGAAAGGAAAGGAGGGUGUCAGUCCUGGAGCCAACGUUCUGCAGACGGGGGCUAGGCUAGCGUUGAUCCUCGGGCCCCAGGUGUCACUGCACUUUAACUAGAGGCUGUCCAAGUGUGGAAAGGCAAAACUACAUCAGAGCGGCACUGCUUGUUCUUAGGCGGUCUUUUUUAGUUGUUAAUCCCGCUCAGAGCUUUCAACGGCGCUGACCUUGGUCUUUUGCAUCUCUGUUUUUGAGUGUCACCUACUACUACUACUACUUACUGCUAGAACUAGCUAGUUCUAGCUAGUACUAAUUUGAGUUAUUAUUAUUAUUAUGGCUUAAGUACUCAGCUAAGAGUUUUACAAGAUGUAACUUUCCCAAGGUGGCACAUAGCUAUUAAAAUGUGAAGCUAGGUCUUAAAAAUGCAGACCUAUCUUUAAAAGUCUAUUCUCUUUACCAUUAUGAUGUAUGUUUUAUAAUUUAUGUACAUGUAUUGUCUUCUCAACUAGAUUGUAAUUAAAUACUUGGAGGUGUAACAUACAUGUAUCUCACGUGGUGCCUUGCAAAUAAUAGGUGCUCAGUAAGUAUCUUAAGAAAUGGCUUACAUACAAAAUUCACUCUACUUAAAACAUGUUCUUUGUCUGAGUUUUCGGUCUGGCCUAUACCUUUGUCUUCUCAGGCUCUCUUUACUGCAGUAGUCACUUCCUAGCUCCUUGUCUUCCUUAUUCCUUAUUGAAAAGGUAUCUAUUUAGUUAUGUGCCAUAACAAGUAAGCCUCAAAUAAAGAUUCAUUUCUCAUAUGAAAUCUGAUGUGAAUCAGUCAUAUUCUGUUCUCAACCCCUGAACACAUAGCCUCCAAGAUUAUCAUGGAAGAGAUAUCCAGAGAAUAUUUUUGGAUAUUUUUAAAGUCAGGUACUGGAAACUUUGUAGGUAUUAGCAUUUUCUCUGCUGAAGGUGAACCCUGGAAAAGAACUUCAUUUAGAAGACUCUAGAGCUUAGUGAACCUGCUUGAAUCUUGGCGCACAAAGAUUCAUUUCUCCUUAGAGGAGUAAAAGUCAGAUUCAAGAAGCUGGAUUAGCAAGUAGAUCCCUUCCCCCAAUCUGAUAGCAGACCUACAGGCUCACCUUAAGUGACAGAGAAGACCUGAGAUGCAGAAAUUCAAAGCGACUUAAAAAUACUUCACAAUGAAGACUCUAUUGGUAUUAAUGAUAUAUUUAUGGCA